GGCCAGUCUCGUUCCAAGAGCAAGCAACUGACAUGGCUUUCUCCAAGAUACUAGCGUUCCUCCUGCUGGCAUGCGGCUUGUACGACUCUGUCAUUGGCGUCGACUACUGCGCCCUGCCCACCUGCCUGGACAAGCACGUGGCCUGCAACAAUAAGGGAAACUUCAGUAGUGAUUGCCCCAAGGAUGUGCGUGAAAUCAAAAUCGAGUCCCAUCACAAGCUCAUCCUCACGCUCUUCAACGAACUGCGCAAUACGGUGGCUGGCGGCAACAUUGAGAACCUGCCCAAGGCCGUGCGCAUGGCCAAGAUGUCCUGGUGCGAGGAACUCGCCCAUUUGGCCUCGUACAACGUGAGGAUCUGCGAGUCGAUACCCGACAAGUGCCGCAGCACGGAGCGCUUUGCCUAUGCCGGCCAGAACAACGCCAUCUUCAGCUACAGCGGCGCAGAGAGCGAGUACUCGGAUGCGGAGAUCCUCAAGGAGCAGAUCGAGAACUGGUUCGCCGAGCGCUCGAACGCCUCGCCCGAGAUCCUGGCCAACUUCCCCGAGGAGCUGCCCAACAAGAACGUAGCCAAGUUCACCAUUUCCGUGGCCGAGAAGAACACCCAUGUGGGCUGUGCUGCUGUGCGCUUCUCCCGCGACUUCUACAACCAUUUCGUGCUCACCUGCAACUUUGCCACAUCCAACAUCAUCGGCCAGCCCGUCUACACCCCUGGAGAGAAGUCCACCACGGGCUGCAAGAAUCGCUAUGGCGCCGCCUUCGAUUUCCCCAAUCUGUGCUACGCCAAGGAGAUCUACGACAACGAGAAGGUGGUCGCUGGCAUCAAGGUGUUCUAGGGAACAAACUCAUCCGAAUAUGUAAUCCCAUGCCCAAUGCCUGUGCAGAUAUAAAGUGCUAAUAUGUACUCAAA